UUUUGGGGGGGGGAGUUAUUUCUCACCUUUAGAACCCAAGAUCAAACCGGAAGUUUUAUUUUGUUAACUAUGCGAGUCUUUUUUUUUCUAACUUUAUAAUUAAUCUUGAUUUGUUGGGAAUUAUUGCAAAGUUAACGUUUUGAAAAUGGGAUUGUUUCCUGGGCACACCCGGUUUUAUUUUGCAAACGGGAAACGGGUGUGCCACGUAAAUCGGUAACUUAAUUGCAACCACACACACACACCGGGGAUCGUGCGUCUUUCGGCUUCAGGCAUCAUCCGCACUCGGGAACUGGAGAAAUGGGACCGAGGACUCUCCGGGGCGGGGGCGGACCCAAAGAACUUCAUCCGAAGGACUGGGGUGGCUUCCUUCCAAACGAGUUGAAGGCACAAAGAGCGAAAGAACCUCAAUGAAAAGUGGUUUUUUUUUGGUGUUUGGUUUUGGGGUUUUUUUUGUUGAUUUGUUUUUUAUUUUUUAUUUUUUUUGUGGAUACCUCGGACAAAGUGCCACACCUUCCUUCUCGCUUCUCGUAGCGCCACAGCUCCAAUUGUCAUCAGGCCAAAUGGGGUGUCGAUGCUGCCGGAUGAUGAAAAGUUACAUCUCUGACCCCUCUGCGGCGGCGGCGGACAAAACCGAGUCCUACUACCGGACGCACAACCUCGCAAGCGGGCCCCUCGGCCGCCGCUCGCAGAAGGAGCAAAAGGAGGGCUUCCAUAACCUGGCCUACAGCAUCUCCAGCGACAGCAGCCUCAGGCUGGAGGUGGACAACAACCGCGUCAACCACAGGCUGCACGCCGGCGGCCAAGCGCACCCUCGGCCCAGCGCACCCUCGGCCGAGUGCGGAAUCUACAUCAUCCAGCCGGACAUUUUGGGGCCACAAUGGGUGAUGCGGGACAAGCGUCAAAGUCAGGUCCCGGUGUACCCCGCCUUUCAGGCCUACGACGACCAGCGGGUCUUCGCCGGGCCCGGAGCCUGGGACAGCCCCCUCACCGCCGACGGGAGCCUUUCGGCGGAUGAGGCGGACGAAGGCGUAGGGGGGACGCCCGAGUACCCGUGCGACACCGGGGACGAAGAGAGCGUCCUGUCGGCGGACGUCCAGACCAGCACCGCCAGCCUGUGGUCGGCCGACACCAGAGACGAGCGAAGAUCCAAAGCGGCGGACGUGUCCACCGUGGAGAGCGGCAUCUGCGUGACGAAGAGCGAGGACGAAGAGGAGGAGCCCCAGAAGCGGGCGGACCGGGCGGGCGGCGGCGUGACGGACUCCAUGGUGGCCGAGGCCCUCGCCGCCCUGGAGGCCGCCACGGCCGGAGAGGAGGAGGACGAGGACGAGUGACUGGCGUCGUUUACGAGGUGGAUCGAAGGUUUGCGGGCCAACGGGCUGCUUCAAGUGCGUUGACACUCCAGUUCUCACAAAAUCAUGAGAAAACCCAAGCGCGGCCCCAAACGUUUCCUCAUCUUUGAACAAUGUCCACAUUUCCCCUCACCUCGCUAUCGACUUUUAUUUAUAUCGGCGUUGAGAGGAAGAGCUCGUUUAUUUGACGCGCUUCUUCCUCGAUAUCAACAAAUCUCUUUUGAAGCAACGUUCCCUUCCGGCUUGUGAUGUCAGCUCGUGCUCCAAAUGAGCCGAUUGAGGCCUGAAAAAUAAUCAACAACAGAUGAAGUUGGCGCCCCCCGAGCAGGUGCUCAGCUCGCUAAUGAACCGAACCAACUGCCAAAUGAAGAGGCCGUUACGUCGCGAGGGUUCUACAACUUAACCAACUGUGUCCGACAGACUUUUGCCGCGUUCUGCUUUUCUCUCUCUGUUUUUUGUUUUGUUUUUUUUUCAUUCGUUUGUUUUAAUGGUCCUCGCGAAUGCUUGUUGACUCCCUCAAGCUUCGCCGAGGGACCGCGAGCUCGAAGACGGCCGGCGCUAAUGAGCUCCCUCGGGGCUCUCGCGCUGCCAAUUCUGACACAUCUGAGCUGCACGUGUUUAAGGAGAAACGCAACCGUUGGGUUGGAAUCUCCAGUGGGGGACGGGGGGGGGGGGGGUCUCCUAAUUGAUUACACUCAGUAUCGAUCGAUGACAUUCCAGUUAGAUUUCGUCGGGAGUCUUAAGGGGAGAUUUCAGAAAUGUCCGUCGGAAUUUGUGACCCCGGGAGGGACGUCGCUUGUGGAAUACGAGCAGGGAAUACGUUCAUGAACAGAGUAAAAUUCGGUUUCAUCCGAAUUCGCGAGGCCAGACCCGAUAUUGUUUUGAGUUUUUACAUCGCUGCCAGCCUUCCCAGUCAAUAUUUAUAUUUGACACCGAUAGCCGUCAAUGGCAGUGAACGUGUUUAACCACAGUCCGGGGGUGACCACCACGGACGGUGUGCAGCCUUCAACUCGGUCCAUUAGGCAGAUACGCGUACGGUCCCCGAGGUGUGUACGUCUGCCUGGUGUGUUUGUUUUUCUCAAGGCUUUGCUGCCGCUAAUUGUAGCUCGCACGCAUUUCCGUGUCUCCGAAGAGGAAACACGGCAGGGGAAAAAAAAAAAAAAAUACAUAAGCCUCCUUUCAUUGUCCGCCACCCCCGAUGGUAAAACAUUACAUCCAUUUUGGUGGGAACUGCACUCAGCCGUGACGCUCGAGCCGCCGGCAAGAUUGUUACGUUCACCGCCGUUAAACAUUGACCACCCCGUCGGCGUGGUGGGCCUGAAUAAUUGAACACCUGAGAGCGGAUUACGGCUGAUGAACGAGCAUUCGCCGCCAGAAAGUUUGCAUUACAACGUACUUGAAACUUUCUGAUCCCGACUCCCGGCGAAGAGCUCAAGUAAACAGCCCGACGCGCGCAACAGGAGUCAAUAUUUGCGGUAAGUAGCGCGUUCUCGUCGCCCGCCCCGCCGCGACCUUGUGUUUGGGAAAGGCAGCUCUGCUCGAAGCUCACAGCCGCAGGCGGGGUGACGUAGCGGCGGCUCGGCUCCGCCUUGUAAAGCAAACGCCGGAUCGCCAUUUACAUGUGCGUGCGAAGGAAAGUUGUAACUACACAGUUAUAACCACAAUUAUGUCUGUAUACAUUCUGCUUUAUUUUCCAGUUUUUUUUUUUUUUGCAAUUAAAUAAAAAAAAACACAGCAGAAAUAAUAAAAUAUAUAUGUAAUACAAACAAAACUGACGUGAUGAUGCUGACACUAUAAACAAAUGAUAUGGCGUUAGAAGGUGGAAGACCCCCCCUCAAAAAAAAAGAAUGAGAGAAGAGGUAGACACUUCAAGGUUACUGACGUCAACGCUCUCUUGCUUUGGUAUCACUUCGGACCCGCAUCAAACUCCAUCUUGAAUUCAAAACCCACGGCAGAGAAAAAAAAAAAAAACUAAACUAAAUGGAAUGGACUUAAUAUUUAGCACGUCGUAAACGUUGCUUAAAGUUGAACCAAAGACGGUCGAAAACGUUUAACGCGGAUUUAAGGCAGAAAAUGAUCGUCAGCGGUCACCAAAUUUGAGGGAUUUAUGUCCACCUCUGUUAAAAAAAAAAAAAAAUGUGGAUUUAUGGACGAUAAACUUGUUCCUCAUUAAGCGACGUUACGGUUCUUAAUGUUUACAAAAUCCAAAAUAUCGGGCGGCUCGUUCCGAGACGUCAACGUACGUUUUGCUGGUGAUUGAUAAUAGUUUUGAGACAUGAAGCAAUAUUUGGCUUUUUUUCCCGCGUAGCGAGCGCCAGUGGAAAGGAAAACGCCGAUCGUCCAUAAAAUUCAAAAUAUGGGGCCGAAUGUUUUAAUACGUUUUAGCCGGUAGUCAGUUAGCUUUCCAGUGUGUUCUUGUUAUGCGGUGGGAGCCACACGCAACGGUAGCUCGCUAGCUCGCUGGAGAGAGAUCGCAAUAAAGUUUGAAACGUAUAAAAUAAUAAAUGUAAAUAAACAAUAAAGUUAACUUUCCCUUAAGUGUGUGUGUGUGUGUUGUGCGGAUCUAAGGCUGCGGGCGGACUGGAUGGCACCGGCGCUGGUCCGCUAGCCUAUUACCGGCUAGUAGCUACUAGCCUAGCAUCUAGCAGCACGCAAUUUGGGAGGGGACUCGUCCAUCCAACAUGUGAUUCACCACAAAAAAAUAACUUGCCAAAACAGCACAAAACACUGUUUUGUGGGGGUUGUAGGUAGAAAUUGAUGGCUAACUGCACAAUGUCGUUCUACAAUUGGACCUAGCUCUCAUGACGAGUUAAUUUGCAAUACCAGCGUUGUCAAUAUUUUGCAGAUUUUUUUUUUUUUUUGGGGGGGGGGGUUUAAAAGCAAAAACAACACUGACUUUGGUUCAACUUUAAAAAGAAACCCAACAAACGCAACGAUAAACCCUUCACGCCUGUGAGUAGGAAGGCAGCUCAUACUCAUAAUAAUAAUAAUAAUAGAGAAAAAAAAUAAA